UGCUAUGGUAAAACACACAAAAUGGCGAAUACAACAUGGACUGCGAACGUUGGAACAUUGUGCUUGACCAUUUUGAUUUUAAUCGUUCUACAACUCGUCUUCACGCUGUGGAAACUAUUUAGACAGAGACAGUCGCACCGAAUUGCGUUGGCGGCUUUCCCAUGUCCUCCGGCACGCCACUGGUUUUAUGGACACCAUUGGAAUACAUCUGCGGAGCAAGGUAUACAAGACCAGCUAAGCCUAGGCAAGCUGUACAGUCACUAUUAUCAACGUUGGGUUGGACCAUUUCGUGGGACUCUUUCGCUGAUACACCCUGACAGUGUUAAGGCUAUUUUAUCCACUGCUGAACCCAAAUCUCCUAACUCCUAUGGAGUACUGAAAGAGUGGCUUGGAGAUGGACUGUUGAUCAGCUCUGGGGCUAAAUGGAAGAGAAAUCGUCGUCUGUUGACGCCAGCAUUUCAUUUUGAUAUUCUGAAACCAUAUGUUAAAGUGUACAAUGAUUGUGUGGAGGUGUUGAUGGAUAAAUGGUGCAAGGGGGAUCUGGAUAAACCUGUGGAAUUAUUUAAAGACGUUAGUCUACUUACUCUUGAUAGUUUAUUGAAAUGUAUCUUCAGUGUUGAAAGUAACUGUCAAACAGACAGCGGGCAUAAUGAAUAUGUGCGAUCUGUCAAGCAAUUGGCCUUACUAUUCAUCUUCAGAUACAGGACAUUUCUACCAUCAUUUUUAUUUCGUCGCUUGGUUUCACAUGGUCGUCAGUGGGCUGAAACGUUGGAUAUACUACACGGUUAUACAAAACAAGUUAUUGACCAGAAACGAAACAACCGAAAAAAAGAGCAAGCGACCGAAAAGACAUAUGUUGAUUUUCUUGAUAUUUUACUUGAUGCAAAGGAUGAAGAUGGUGAUGGGCUAACUGAUAAGGAGAUCCAAGACGAGGUUGAUACGUUUAUGUUUCGUGGUCAUGAUACAACUGCCAGUGGAAUUUCAUGGUGUUUGUAUAAUCUAGCUAGAUAUCCGGAAUAUCAGCAAAAAUGCCGAGAAGAAAUUGAUGAACUUGUAGAAGGAAAAGACAACAAGGAGAUUGAAUGGGAAGACCUUCAUUGUUUAAAUUAUACUACAAUGUUCAUAAAGGAAAGCCUUCGUUUCCAUCCUCCAGUUUCAAAUAUAUCAAGGCGAACAACAACUCCAUUGCAUUUUCCAGAUGGGAAAGUUCUUCCAGCAGGUUUUUCUGUGGCUAUAUUUAUACUUGGUGUUCACCAUAAUCCCCAUGUAUGGGAUGACCCGGAAGUAUUUGAUCCGAUGAGGUUCUCAUCUGAGAAUAGUAAAAACAGGACACCAUAUGCAUUCAUACCUUUUGCAGCGGGACCAAGAAACUGUAUUGGACAAAACUUUGCUAUGAAUGAGCUGAAGGUCGUGAUUUCUCGCAUACUACAUCGAUUUGAGCUGUCAAUUGACAAUUCUUGUCCCACACCAAAGAGACGUUUUGGAUUUGUGCUGCGAGCAGAAAAUGGUAUUUACAUAAAACUUAAACCGAGAUCCAGCUUUUAAUAUUCAUAUUUAUUCUUAUUAUUUAUUCAAAGUUAAGAAUGUACAUUAGAGUUAGCAGGGAAUGUUGUUCAGUCAGGCAUGCAUGACACAGUAUAUUGUUAUUUCCGAGAUGAACUAAAGAUUUCACUGUAUUUACUUAAAAUGCUUGUUUGGGUUCAAUUUUCACAACUCUAUAAAGAGUCUUUGAUUUGUUGUAUUUAUUGUUAGUUCAUUGUUUUUAAGUGAAAUUAUUGCAUUUCUGUACUUCAGAGGUGCUUCACACCACAACAUGCAUUCAGAGCAACUUGUCAUUACAUAUCUACUAGAUACAUUUUCAGUUUAUUAUAUACUCUAUUCUAUAACAUUGUAUUGCACGCAUGAAUAGGAGUAUAAGUAUAAUUGUGGAGUAUAAGGGCUAAAAUUUGUUUGGCUUUUUUGAAUUUGAGUUAUUUACUUCAUUCAAUAAAACAUUACUUCAUCAUUUGAUUGU